AUGUCGCUGCCCCUGCCCGUCGAGAUCAUCUUCGCUACUUGCCGCUUCGUCUCUAGCAUCUACACUACCCACACUCCAUUCUACCUCCUUCACCUCCCCCACGCAUCCUUCCUUCACCUCACGCUUCAAGUCAUCAACGCGCUAUCGACAUAUCUCAUUACGUAUCUUCGUAUCCAUGUAUAUCCAUAUGUUCCACAAGUCCCAGGUCCCAAUGUCACUCCCGACGAACCUUCUUCCAGUGCAACAACACCCCCCGGAUCCCACCGCCUUCCAGAGAAGCGGACGAACUCCUCCCCCCGAGCUCACGAACUAUCCGCCGUCCACGCCUACUCUGUAUACGUCGUACGGCAUGAGUAG